GGUAGAGAGGAGUGAGAGAAGGCAAAGCACUCCCCCAACCAAGAACAAUUUGAAAACCCACCCCAUAAUAUUUAAAAUCUGGGACAAAGAACCGUCUGGACGGAACUGCUUCAAUUGCAAAACCUCAGCGCAGCCUCGGGAGAGGCCGGCUGGCCCGAGUCAGGAGCAGCUCCUUUAAAAAAACGGAGUACAGUAUUGGGAUUCUUGAAACCUGAAACCUAGAAACAGAUCGAAGCGGAAACCAGAAGGAAAACCUUGAACUCCUCCAGACAAUUGCUUCCGGGGAGUUUCAGAAGAACGAGGGGGAAUAAAGGGCCCGAGAGGAGGGCCCCUCGGAUGGCGCGUCCCUGAGGGUCCUGGCGAGUUCGAGGAGCGUGGGAAGUAGAGGACCUUACCCUCUCCCUGGGCUGCAGGUCAUGGCCACCGUGGAGCAGAAAGCCCUUGGCAUUGGCUUCAAGUGUCUCUCUUUGGCCACUUUUGUGCUCAUCUGCGCCGGGCAUGGGGGACGCAGGGAGGAAGGGGGUCCAGCCUGCUACGGGGGAUUUGACCUGUACUUCAUUUUGGACAAAUCAGGAAGUGUGCUACACCACUGGAAUGAAAUCUAUUACUUUGUGGAACAAUUGGCUCAUAAAUUCAUCAGCCCUCAGUUAAGAAUGUCAUUUAUUGUCUUCUCUACUCGAGGAACAACCCUAAUGAAACUAACAGAAGACAGAGAACAGAUCCGUCAAGGUCUUGAAGAACUCCAGAAGGUCCUGCCAGGAGGAGACACCUACAUGCAUGAAGGAUUUGAAAGGGCCAGUGAGCAGAUUUAUUAUGAAAAUAGUCAAGGAUACAGGACAGCCAGCGUCAUCAUUGCUCUGACUGAUGGAGAACUCCAUGAAGAUCUCUUUUUCUAUUCAGAGAGGGAGGCUAACAGAUCCCGAGACCUUGGUGCAAUUGUUUACUGUGUCGGCGUGAAGGAUUUCAAUGAAACACAGCUCGCCCGGAUUGCGGACAGUAAGGACCAUGUGUUUCCUGUAAAUGACGGCUUUCAGGCUUUGCAAGGCAUCAUCCACUCAAUUUUGAAGAAGUCCUGCAUUGAAAUUCUGGCAGCUGAACCAUCCACUAUAUGUGCCGGAGAAUCAUUCCAAGUAGUCGUGAGAGGGAACGGCUUCCGACACGCCCGCAAUGUGGACAGGGUCCUCUGCAGCUUCAAGAUCAAUGAGUCAGUCACGCUCAAUGAGAAGCCCUUUGCUGUGGAAGACACUUAUUUGCUGUGUCCAGCGCCUAUCUUAAAAGAAGUUGGCAUGAAAGCUGCACUCCAGGUCAGCAUGAAUGACGGCCUCUCUUUCAUCUCCAGUUCUGUCAUCAUCACCACCACCCACUGUUCUGACGGCUCCAUCCUGGCAAUCGCCCUGCUGAUCCUGUUCCUGCUCCUGGCCCUGGCUCUCCUCUGGUGGUUCUGGCCCCUCUGCUGCACCGUGAUUAUCAAGGAGGUCCCUCCACCCCCUGCUGAGGAAAGUGAGGAAGAAGAUGAUGAUGGCCUGCCUAAGAAAAAGUGGCCCACGGUGGAUGCCUCUUAUUAUGGUGGGCGAGGUGUUGGAGGCAUUAAAAGGAUGGAGGUUCGCUGGGGAGAGAAGGGCUCCACAGAAGAAGGUGCUAAGUUGGAAAAAGCAAAGAAUGCAAGAGUCAAGAUGCCAGAGCAGGAGUAUGAAUUCCCUGAACCCAGAAAUCUCAACAACAACAUGCGUCGGCCCUCGUCGCCCCGGAAGUGGUACUCUCCGAUCAAGGGAAAACUCGAUGCCUUGUGGGUCCUACUAAGAAAAGGAUAUGAUCGUGUGUCUGUGAUGCGACCACAGCCAGGAGACACGGGGCGCUGUAUCAACUUCACCAGAGUCAAGAACAAUCAGCCUGCCAAGUACCCCCUCAACAACGCCUACCACACCACCUCGCCACCUCCCGCCCCCAUCUACACUCCCCCACCCCCUGCCCCUCAUUGCCCGCCCCCACCCCCCAGUGCUCCCACUCCUCCAAUUCCAUCCCCACCUUCCACCCUUCCCCCACCCCCUCAAGCUCCACCUCCCAACAGGGCCCCGCCCCCUUCCCGGCCUCCUCCUCGGCCUUCUGUCUAGAAUCCAAAGUUCAUGCUCUGGGCUCUCUCAGAAACUUUAGGGAGGAGGCUCCUCUGUGGUGGUAGAACAAGUCUUUCCAGUUAAAGGAGGCUUCUGCUUUGGAAAUGAGUGGUGAUAAAGCCCACUGAUGUUCACACACGUUAAAAAAUGGUUUGUAAUGCCAAUACACCAACGAUUGUGAUCAGCAGAAAGAAACUGAAAUUCUGAAAUGCCUGAAAACAAACCAUGAGGCAACUACAGUCACAACUAUAGCCAGCCAGCCAGCACCUCUAGAAGGUUCCAGAGACAGUGAAACUGCUGAAGUGCUCUAAAUGGGAACAUGUCUCAUGGAGACCAAUAAGAAAUCAUUUCUUUGAGGGUGAAACGCAGAGUCGGAUAAGAAAUAGCAUUGCUGAGUUUCUAAAUGCUGCCUUCCUUCCUCCAUUCCAUUUCCAUCACUUCCCUGGACCCUUGGCCUAGGAACCAAGGAAUCCUUACCCCUGUGAACCACCCAGGAAGGUGAAAACCCUUUGCCUACAACUUUGGGGAAAGCUUGGGGUACUCAUUGUGGCAAGGAACUUAACAUCAGACAGAUAUCCAAAAGCAUGUCUUCCUGGGAUUUGCAGAGGAGUAAAAUUAUGCCACAUUUUUUUAUUUUCCAAAUUCUCCUGGUUUCUAAGUGAGGAAGAGGAAGCAGGUGUUUACUGAUGGAAAAAGGUAUGUCGCCAUGUUGCUGUGUAAGUGGAAUCAGGUGUGUGCGUUGACAAGGGGAGUACUGACUGCAGCAUCAGACAGUUUCUAAAACCCACAGGCCAUCAGCAGCUUGGGGUGGCUGGCUUUGGCCUAACAUGGUCCCCUAAAUCAACAGACAAUGCAUUGUAGAAGAGCAACCUAUUAAUGAUUCAUGUUACAUGUCAAGAUUGGGCUUUGGUUUAAAAAUCACUUCAGCUAUGAAGAAGUGAUUGGUCCCAUUUUCCAGAGACAAACGUGAGUUGAUCUUCCAAAAUGGCACCACUACCACCUACCACACAAUUUCACCAAUUUUAUUUUUCUUGUUUGGUAAAGUUGUGCACCAGAGACUUCUAGGCAGAGCUGAAAGACAAUGGUCCUGACAUAAUAAGGAAACUCCCCAGGUUCUUUGAUUAACCCAAAACAAGCCAUGCGUGUAGGCGCCAAUAUAUUUCUCCUUGGCUUUUCAACAUACUCACAAAUUAUUAUCAGCUGUUAACCCAGAGGCAAUACACCAAAAAUGCUCUGCCUGAAAUUCUCACCAUGCCUAGAACCUACUACAUUCCCCCACGUCUUUCUGAAUCUGUGGUUAUCAGUAAGCCCUAUAAGCACUUUCUAAACCUUGGGCCUCAUCACCCAGGGGUGAAAACAGGGCCAUUGUUGUGGGCCUCCUGCAUCAGCCUGUUCAAAAUUAUCUCCCCCGCUCCAGCUUUCCACAGGUUUUAAAAUUUCUCUCCCAAACCCUUUAAAUCUUUUGAAGAACAAAGCAACAUAUAAAAUAAACAUAAAUUUAAUGCUUUGGGCUAUGGUCUCCAAAGAUCCUUCAAAAACUCACCAAGCCAGCCUCAUUCUUUCAUCUUACUUAGAACAGAGACAUAAGGACCUGGCAUGCAUUUUAUAAACACCAAUUCUUAUAGCCAUGGCAGACAUUAUUAAUCAAUUGCAGCUCUAUUUCCCAUGGAGCCCAAUGAUUUCUUUACAAUCCUCAAAUCACAACUCCACAGAUCCACCACUCAUCAGUCAGAAUUGAGACAGAGAUGAGCCCUCUCUGAUGAAAUAGAGAUUUAGAAAGCAAAAACAGAAUGUGUGAGGGAACGGGGAAACCCUGGGGCGUAAAAUGUAUAGUCAGGAGAAAAUAGAUCUAGGCAGAGUGCCUAGAUCACAGGCACUAAAUCUGCAAUGCCAAUGCCAGACGGACACUUCCGUAAGUGCACCUCAGACCCAGCCCUUCUCUCAGAGAAUUCCCCAGCCUUCUCAUAGAACUAAAAUCAAAGAUAGUUUCCAGGACCUAUGAAAACAACCUCCGUCCCCCAUCCACUAACCUGGCCCAUAUUGUCUAUUUUUAGAACACUAGGCUUCUUCUUUAGUAUAGUUCCCUCAUGAAGUGGAGGCCAGAAUGUCUCGGCCACCUAAAGUGGCAUUGCUGGACUCCAAAACACCAUUCCAUAAAAGAAUGGGUUCCCCAGGCUCACAGUGUAGAGACGUUGAGCCCAUGGCAACUGUUUUGACUGCUGGCAGUACAAAACGGUCCCCCCACACACACCACUGCCGCAUGACGCACUGCGGCCAAAAGAAAGUUCAAGCCACGAUGCUGACGUUGUUGUGCAAAAAGAUGGUGGGCAUUGAGUGAGAACGCAACAUUCCCGAUCUCAACAGCACAUCAAUCAGAAGCCCUGUGCAGUUUCCAAGAUGUCGUUUUGGUGAACUUUUUGAUGAAAUAGGGAACUGCAAAUAUAUGAUGAUUUUGAAGAGGAUUAGCAGGAUUUGUCCUUAAAACUGACUCAUCAUGUCAUUCCUAGUCAUUUAAAAUUACAGUUGAGAAGGAAAAACAUCUAUACUGCAUGAACAAGGCAAUAUUUUAAUAAUAGGCUAUUACAGGCAGGAAAUUUCUUUAACUGGCUUAUAAAAUCUAUCAGUACUUGUAUCAUUCCCUGUAAAAGGCAGCAGACGUAUGAUUGUGAUUAGGAAACUGCACAAAAUUACUUUUUCAACUCCCAUGUUAUUGUCCUUGUGAAGUUUUCUUAUAAUAAAACCCAAUUUUUUUUUGUUGUAUAUAUUCGUAUUCCAUGUGUUAGAUGGAAGCAUUUCCUAUUCAGUGUGAAUAAAAAGAACAGUUGUAGUAAAUUAUUAUAAAGCCAGUGAUAUUUCAUGGCAGGUUAUUCUACCAAGCUGUGCUUGUUGGUUUUUCCCAUGACUAUUGCUUUUAUAAUGUACAAAUAGUUACUGAGAUGACGAAACCCUUGUUUGCACAGCAUUAAUAAGAACGUUGAGGGGUCCCCACUGUUGAUGACCAGCUCUCAAACAGUUUCAGGCCUGGAGCUUGGCACAUACACCCGUGAGACACAAGGUCUCUCUUUUACCAAAGUCAAGAGCAGAGCUAGUGGACAAAUUAAUUAACAGUCUUGGAUAUCUGGCCAUGGGUGACCUCACUGUAAAUAUGGGCAGAGAUAAUCUCGAAGUCUCAUGUACACUAAAGUCCAAACGCUGUGUCAGAUGAGGGACAACCAUCAAAGAAUUAGAAAAAAUAAUAAUUAUGAGAUAAUGAGCAACAGUUUCAGCUCAGUGUCAACUCAAUAAAAAUAAUUAAUGCUGUGUAAAAUGGGUUGAAUUAGUUUGCAAACUAUAUAAAGAUAUACGCAGUAAAACCCCUGUUAAUGCACACCAGACGGGAAUGGGGUGUUCUUGUCAAUUGCCUUUUCUAGUUAUCUGAGCUCUACUAUAUUAUCACUUGGAUAACCGAUUUAAAAGAAUUAGAAUAUGAUUUUUUUAAAUACACUUAACAUUAAACUCUUCUUCUAAUUCUUUCUUCUUUCUGUGAUAAUUCAGAAGACAGUUAUAGAUCUCCAGUGCGUCUGAGUCAUUGUUAUAAAAAACCAGUUAUCGCUGUACCAUGCUAUAGGAGACCAGGCUACACCUGUACAAUGACGAAACCUGGAAGUUGCUUCUUUUAAAAAAAAUAAUAAAUUCCUAA